GUGAGGUUUGGCUGCCACCAAAGUUACUUCCAGUCCUUGCUGUCCCUCCUGCCCUCCUGUGGUCCUGCCCCAGGGACCCCUGCAUUCAGCCUCCAUACACAGAGGCACCAGGGAGCCCAGACCAAUUGCUCUUGGCUCCUCAACUAGCUGCCUAACUCCAGUGGCUUAUGGGGAACUAUCCUGCCCAGCUCUGCUAAGAUGAUCUUGGCCUCUCCCUCCACCCCGUCCAGGGGACGGACCCCCAGCGCAGUGGAGAGGCUGGAGGCCGACAAAGCCAAGUAUGUCAAGACACACCAAGUGAUAGCACGACGCCAGGAGCCAGCCCUGCGUGGGGGUCCCGGACCGCUCACCCCGCACCCCUACAAUGAGCUGGGGCCCCCUGCAUCGCCCAGGACACCCAGGCCCGCCCGCCGGAGCAGCGGCAGGCGGCUGCCAAGACCUGACUCCCUCAUCUUCUACCGCCAGAAGCGGGACUGCAAGGCUUCGGUGAACAAAGAGAACGCCAAGGGUCAGGGGCUGGUCCGGCGCCUCUUCCUGGGUGCCCCCCGCGACGCCACCACCAGCAGUCCGGGCCCAACCGAGCGACCAGCGGCUCCUGGGGUUUGGGCCGCUCCCCAAGAUGCCCCGGAAGAGGCAGGAAAGAGGGCGCUGUGCCCCACAUGCUCACUGCCCUUGUCGGAGAAGGAGCGCUUCUUCAACUACUGCGGCCUGGAGCGCGCGCUGGUGGAAGUGCUGGGCGCGGAGCGCUUCUCUCCGCAGAGCUGGGGCGCCGACGCCAGUCCCCAGCCCGGAGCGCCGCCGCCGCCUGGCUCUGGGGACUCCAGCGAUUGGACGUCCAGCGACACGGAUCGCCCAGACGGUGCAGGCGGCGGCUGUGGCGGCGGCGGCGGCUCGGAGGCCGGGGGCUCGGCGGGACGCCCUGCCUCGGACGCGCCGGGUGCCUUUGAGCUAGACCUUCCCACGGGUCUUGGCUUCCCCCUGUGA